AUGGAAGCUGUCGCAAUGGACACCGCCUUGGAUUCACAACCGCAACCCGGGAGCUUGCAACCUGGUUCAGUAUCGACCCCAAGCUCCUUCCUAGACGAAUUCCUGAAGCUUAAGCGGCCAGACGGGCAACCAGACACCGCAGCUCGCAGCGAAGCCGUGGAGUCUCUUAUCGAUGCCCUGUCACCGUGGGAACGUUGGCAUCUCCGCACACGGAUGAACGCGUUGUCCAUCGGACUAGCCCGCCUCCCCGACCUCCCCGCCGAAGUCAUCGCCAUGAUCGGCUCGCAUCUCCGCCUCAGCGACAUCGCCUCGUGCCGCGCCGUCUCCCAGGCUUGGAGCCGCGCCUGGACACAGGACGAAGUCGCCAGAGACCUCCUGCGCCAUUUCUACCCCGGUCUGCUGGAGACGGCCUCGGCCGCUGCGCCGCGGCGCCCCGCGCUGCGAGUCUUCGACGAGGCCUCCCGCAGGAGCCGUCGCCGUCAAGCCUUCCGCUUCACUGCGUGUCUGGCGGAGGACACGGUUGAGCUCUCGGAACCUGACAUGGCGGAACGCCCGCCGGCUCUGUCGCCGGAUCCAGCCCUCCACCCGGGAGGCGAGUUUCCCGUCAUGCAUCCCGGAGCACACGGUAUGGUCUUCUAUAACAUCUCUGAGCGUCAAAGGGAACAGCCCAACCAGUACUGCCACGGACGGUUCCUGUGGCAGCUGGACGACUGCUGCUUCUACCUCGACAACUUUGACACGGGGUACCGGCGGCUCAUAUCCUGGACGGAAGGGCGGCUGCGAGGCAUUGCGACGUGCAACAUUGCGUUGACCUCCCAUCUCGUCGUUCUGACAAAUGAACGGAGGAACUUACUCGUGGUGUAUAACAUGGCACUCCAGGAGUUCCGGACCGUGUCUCUACCCUCGCGACUCGAUCGCUGCUAUGCAGACCGUACGAGUAUCGGCCUCGCCCUACAUUCCGUAUCGGAGAUGUACCUUUGGCGAUGGGACGAAGGCCUGCAAGCCCUCGAGGUAGCGCCUCCCCAUCGCGCCUCUUCGGAGCCGUAUGGCGAGACAUGCUUCAUGUUCCACCCCACGAAGCCCAAGGUUUUCUCCAUCGUGACGCUCUGCAGGACGGGAGGCAAUCGCUCUGGGUCGAGGAGGAAAGCCGAGUCGGUCUACAGUCUUCACCUCCACGUCAGUGACUAUCACGAUAGGCAACUGCUCACGACAAGGACGCACGAACGCACCAAUCUGCCCAGCAGAAGCAAUCCCCUAGGCCACCCGCAACAGCGACGCCCCAGAGGGUCCGUCAGAGACGAGAUCCGCUGGUCAUCGCAGAAGGCGUUCCAUCCAAUCAACACGCACGGCACGCAUGCCGCGUUCGUCGACAGCCCGUCGUCCAAAGACGUUGCGCUGGUCUCCUACAACAUGGUCACGCGACAGAUGCAUCUGGACCUCCUCGGCGACCAGCCCGCCGCGCUCUUCAAAAAGUGGCGCGACCUGGGUGGUCAAAAUGGCAUCGGGCUAUUCGUGUUUAUGCUCUGGGAGGAGAACCUCUACGUGCACCUGUGCCACAAUAAGAGCGGAACCGCGGCUUUUGGUUUCGAGCCUUUCCUGCGCCACGUAGAUAUCAGGAGUGAGGAAUGGAACGGGAAGCUAAAGUUAGCUGUUCCCUCGAGAGGGAUGGCCUCCAGUAUUACAUCAUACUUGUAUGGGGACGAUCGCUAUCUUCUUCUCAGUCGCGAAAUAGCACAUUAUUACGUCGUCUGGAAGUUCGACAAUCUGGAUGAGCCAGGCAAGGCUCCGAAGGGGUGGAACACCUGGAGUGAGAUUCAACAGCGUUUGCCAGACCAUCGCGCCGCCUGGGCGCUCGAACAUCGGGAGACAGACGAGGAAAGCCAGACCAGCAGCAUGGAGUAUGACACUUAA